AUGAAGGUAGAUGGCGGAGACGUGAAACUAGCUUUGCUUGGGGAGAGUGCUCAGCGAUUGCUUUGGUUGUAUCAUUUGUGUUUCCUUCAGAUGGUCGCGGAAGCGAGGUUCGAUGUAGGGAAGUUGUUGCAGGGUCUUGUGGAUGCGUCCCAAGAUGCUGUAAGGGAAGCUGGAAACGUAUGCGGUCUGCAUGGCUUGAAGCAACUGCAUGUACUCCGAUUACUACAAGAAAGCGACCAAUUUACGUGGUCUGGGAAAGUUGCAAACUCUUCCAACACUUACCUUCAUGCCCUUGUCAGGAUUUUUUGCGCUACCCCUACAACAGCAGUCCGAAGCACCCUACGCUCACUGCUAAAGAAAACGCUUGCUGAAAGCAUCCUUUUCCAAGAAGACCCUGACGAGGUCGACUUGUGGCUCGACUCCCUCCCAACGACCUGUCGCGGAGAGGGCUCCGAAGCCCCAGAUGGCGCCGCCCUAACAGAAGAGUCUGAUAGCGUUGCCACCUUUCUGGACGACUGCGCGCAGCGAUGUAUAAAAACCCCGUAUCGAUACUUGGAGGCACUCCGGGAUCUUCUACCCAUGGAGAACACGGCAGUCGAUGUGCCUAGCCCGCUGCUCAUGACUGUGCUCGAGCAAUUUGCUGCGAAACUAGCGGGAAAAUUACUCACCCCAUCGGAUGGACUUGCACUUGCUGGGUUUUUGAGAAGGCUUGUAUUUAAGCUGGCUAGCAAGCAGAGGGACUUGGCAUUUCUGCAUAUAUUGUCUGCGAAAGUGGAUGCUGCUGGGAUGCCUGAGAAUUUGUUCUCUCAGUAUCCUUCCGUCACCGCUGCGAUCCGGCGUGAAGUGUCGAUCAUGGACAAGUGUUUCAGUCAUUUCCAGGAGGUGCGUAGCCGCUCGGAACCUACGACAAGUCCAGAGGUCGAAGACUUCUUGACAAAAAUCGAAAGAGUGCCUUUGCCUGAAAGCUCAAGUGUACGCAUUCACAACGCGUACGAACUUGUUGACUGGUUGCGCUUCGUAGGGCCCACUCUUCAGCCCCAAGAUAUCGUCCGACUUGCGGCCGUGGUUGAACGCUUUUAUUCCCCUGCUCUUAAGGAUCUGUUCGAGAACCUUCAUCCCGCAGAUUUGCUAAUGUGGGAAGGCGGUGAUCUAAAGUCUGCCUCAAGGCAGCUCCUCCAAGUGCUUUCCUUUGAUUGGAUGUUCGUGCAAAGUUCUAAUGCCGACGUCGCAAACAAGCAAUGCCGCGAAACAAUGCUGGAGUGUUUGUUCAUUAGACCACCCACGCGGGUUCAGAUUGAACGUGCAGUUUGCCUCGUCGCACAUGAUAUCUGCUUGACCAUGGAGCGGGAAUCUCUUGUGUGCGAUUUACUUCGUUUGUUAUUUGCAAUCAUGCACAGGGCACUUCGUGAACUCUCGAAAGAAGAUGGUGUUCGGCUAAAGGAGUAUGUUCUAAUGAGGGCGCCCUCCAUCCGUGGCCUGUGUUUGUCUGGAGAUCUUCCCGAUACCGUGCAAGAAGCUCUGUGCGCUUUCCUCGAGGUUUCUCUUGACCCCAGCAAUGAGGGGGAUAGGGUGAUGAUCUCCUCGAUUUGUGUAUAUUGGAUGGAGUGUUUUAGGGCAUCAAUUCAGUCAGGACGACUACAGACGGGACGUUCCAUCAAGUUGUGGCUACGUUACAUGGACACAGAUAACCUUGUGAACAUCAUUGAUCAAGCAUGCAAUAACGCUGUGCUUACACCAUCUGUGCUGGAGGCUCUGGAGUUUGCCCUUGACACCUUGAAGAGUUCCUUCAGUUGCGCUAGUUCGAGAAUCCCGAUUUCGCAGCUGCUGAGGUUAUAUCGGGUAUUACCUGAUUCCCAGGUGCUCGAGGAAAUAAUUGCUGUUGUGGUGAAUUCACAUCUUCCGUCGUGCCAUAACGGACAACCUCCGCGAGCGAAGACAUUGGACUUCUCCUUGUCACGACGACCCAUGUCGACUUCUGGAAAUUCCCAACUGGACAUACUCCCCGCUGAUUUCGUCUCGACGCUGUUUCAAAAGGCGACUUGGACGGAUACCACGGCCCGCCUUGUGUCUGGGCUGGUUUAUACUCAAUCCGAUGUUGCAAAGCGGUUUAUCACAUGGCUCGAUUCGGGAGCUUGGACGACCAUUCCGUUUGAACUUGUCCUACCAGCAGUACAUGCGCUUUUGGACUCCAUGGGUGGCGACGUAAUCGAUUUGUGUCGUGAUACCACUAUUAUCGCGCUCUUUGAGCGUAUUUUACCUCAGCGUCGUCGCCCUGAGGAGCUGAGACAUAUAUGCAUCCGCUGCAUCUGCAUCCUGAUCAAGGCGGAUGCGGCUCGGAAAAGACAGCUCAUCGGCCUGCUACUGACGAAUAUGCAACACAACGCUGUCGAGCAAUUCGCCCUCGAAAGCGUGUGCAUUGCCUCCCGCUUUCAAUCUUUUCCUCUACUGGCCGAUCUUGUGACAGAAUUAGCUGAGCGCGGACUGCAAUGGGCAGUGCGCCAUUUCUCUGACCCUGAAGGCGAAGAUGAAGAGGACCGACUGAUUUUAGUCCAGUUAACAAAACUCACCAAGCAUGGAUUCAACGCAAAGGCACAUUUUGCAGAGCCUCUAUUGACGACUAUCAUUCAGAACCGACUUACUGAUACCGUUGCUAUCAACAUUGGUAUUGCAUUACUGCAGUGCUCGCCACUAAAGCCCGUCGUCGUGAAUCGGGCUCUGCAGAACAUACUUCAACACCCUCAGUUCUUCAAACUAUGUGGUUUUGAAGAGUCGUCUCGAAGAGAUCUUAUCAUCCGUUUUAUCGUUGCCCUAUUCCGACUCCAUCCCACUAACACAUGUCAGCCUUCACAUAUCGUUCCACUCGUGCGCAUAUACGGCGGGACCGUCUCUGUCGCAGACAGAAAUCUGCUGAGCGUCUUCCGUUUAUAUGAGGCUGAAAAACACAUGCCUACAUCAUCCAUUCUCGCCAAGUGGUCACCUUCCCCUGGUAUAUCCAUUUCAAAUCAGCUUGAUGCAAUACAAAACAUGGAUCCCAUACGCGUGCUGAGAACCUGCCACGUGUUCCCGAUAUGGAGACGUAUGUCAGACGAGCAGGAAGACGAGCAAGUUGGCUUGGAUGAGCAGGUUUACGAUCCAUUAUUCGUGAUUCUGCUCGUUGCCCAGAUGCUUUCGCAUCACCCUCCAGCUUCGUCCCUUGAAUGGGUGCAGACUUUCCGAUCGAAUGUUUUCAGUUUACUUGUCCGCUGUUUGUCUGCAAAGGACGAAAAGAUCCGUGAAGCCUCGCUUGGCUUGUUGGCAAGGGUGCGGAAAUCGGUGGAGCUUUCGGAUAUGCAAGAAAAGCAGCACGCGCUGUACAUCUUUAACAUCCUGAAGAACCUGAUCAAACCAUCCGACGGUCCUCCUUUGCGGUUGCCUUCGUUCGCAUCAUUAAUUCUAUCUCACGCUCUUCGUGGGGUGUUUUAUCCUUCCAAUUUCAUCUACCCACGCACGUCGCGUUUCCUUCUUCAGCGUCCAGAACUCGACGUGACUGAUGUGCCCAUGUUAUAUGGCAUGCUUUAUGGCAGUUCGGAUGACUGGAAGAAAGAGCGUGGCUGGAUUGUUAGGUUCCUGUCCGACGGGAUGAUGAGUACGGAAGAUUGGAAGGUGCUUAAACGCCGACAUACGUGGGAGCUCCUUGCCAGUCUUGUGCAAAGCUCCGUUCGCGAUCAAGUAUUGCGACGCGCAGUAUUGGAGGUGCUCGCUAACCUGACUUGUAAUGUCCAGGCAACUACUUCCCUCGUUUUGAAGUCGUCUCUUCUAUCCUGGAUCGAGAUGCAGGUACAAUUGCCGCAAAGCACCGAAGACACCCUCGCUUGGCUAAAGAUCCUUGAGAACGUUCUGGUCACAGCAAACACAGCGAAGUUGCAGCGUGCCACGAACGGGCAAUGGCGAGAUGCUCUGUGUAGAUGCCUGUUGCUGGUUUUACAGAAUUGCAGUGCGCCAUCGCUUGCUAUUCUCCAACAAGCUGCUCGUGUGACGCUACGAUCAAGUCUCGUGCCUCAGACUUCAAUUUUUCAUUUGUCGCGAGUUCUCAUGGCCGCAAUCAGCAUUCUCGAACAACUAGAGUCUUGCAUAGAUUUCAGCGAAUCUGGUUCCAUCAACAGACCUGCCAGCCCUUCUAAGCCGCCGUACCACAGUCACGGAUUGCAUAUUCAACCACCAAUAACUGAUCCCCUGCGGGCGUGGGGUUGUAUUGUCGAAGACUUAUGGCGGGCGAGUAUGACGCUUGACGAAAAGUUCGUGAAAUGGGAUGCCCUGACGAGCAGGCUAUUGCAGUGGAGAGGUAUCGUCGGUGAUGAUGGCAGCCCGAUAGGCGAAUGGGCGAGGAUGGAAGCUGUCCGAGGAUCUGUAUCAUCAAUAGCAGAGUGA